AAGAGAAAGGAAGGUUAGGAGAGAUGGAGAAGAAUAGCAAACAAAAAAGAGGAGUAAAAGGAGAAGAAGAAGAAAAGGGACCUCAUGCAGUGUGUUUGCCAAUGGCAGCACAAGGCCAUCUCAAUCCCAUGAUGGUUUUGGCCACCUUUCUUCACUCUCAUGGCUACGUUGUUACCUUCAUCCACACACACUUUGACCGGAGCCGUAUCCUUCACUCCUCCGGCUCUGAAGCUCUCCGUGAUACUGAAACAUUCCGGUAUGCUUCUUUUCCAGAUGGCCUUCCUCCUUCUGACAUCACUGGAAACAGACAUAUUCCAAAUUUGUGCAAGUCUUUACAUACGACUGCUUUUGAGCCUUUUCUUGAACUUUUGAGAAGGAUUGAUGAUGAGGGACCUAGAGUUAGUUUGGUGCUUUGGGAUGGGAUUAAUAGUUUUGGAGGUCAAGCUGCUGAAGAGCUUGGUAUUCCAAAUGUUAUGGUUUGGACUGCUAGUGCUAGUGGUUUGUUGAGUUAUCUCUAUUUCCCUGACUUUGUUAGCAGAGGUAUUUUUCCAUUGAAAGAUGAGGCUUGUCUAAGCAAUGAAUACCUGAAGAGCAUCAAAGUGGAUUGGAUUCCAGGAAUGGAAGGCAUAACUCUGAAGGAAGUUCCAGGACUCAUAAGAACAACAGACUCAAAUGAUAUCAUGUUCAACUUCGUCAAAGAUGAAGUCAUGAACGCCCACAAAGCCAACUCCAUCUUCAUCAACACAUUUGAAGAUCUAGAACUCCAAGCACUCUCAUCAAUGGCUUCCAUACUCCCUUGUCCCAUCUACCCCAUUGGUCCUCUUUCUCUCCUCCAUGACUGCCAACCUCCAUCACCACCAAACCUCUUUAAAGAUAACAGCAAUAACAACUGCAUGCAAUGGCUCAAACAAAGAGAAGCAAACUCAGUGGUUUACGUGAACUUUGGUAGUAUAAUAAACUUAACGUUGGAAACGUUCAGAGAGUUUGCAUGGGGGCUUGUUGAGAGUGAGAAGUACGUGUUGUGGGUGAUAAGGAAGGAUUUGAUCGCCGGAGGGAUGGAGGAGUGGCCGGAGGAGUUAAAGAAGGUGGUCGGAGAGAAGCUCUUUGUGGCAGAGUGGUGUCCACAAAGGGAAGUGUUGUUGAGUGAGAGUGUUGGGAUGUUUGUGACUCAUUGUGGGUGGAACUCAGUGUUGGAAGGGAUUGGAGGAGGAGUGACAAUGGCUUGUUGGCCGGCCUUUGCAGAGCAAGUGACAAAUUGUUAUUAUGUUUGUGAGAAGUGGAGGGUGGGAAUGGAGAUUGGGGAGGAGGUGAAGAGGGAGGAGGUGAGAAAGGUGGUGGUGGAGAUGAUGGAAGGGGAGGAAGGGAAGGAAAUGAGGAAAAGAGUUGUUGAGUUGAAGGAGAAGGCUUGUAAGGCUGUUGAAGAUGGUGGAUCUUCUUGGUUGAAUCUUAAUUAUAAGUUGCUUCUUCUUUGAUUUCUUUCCUUAAUUUGUUUUUCUUUUGUAAUCUGUCUUUCUCUUCCUCUUCCAAUGGAAUAGAUUAAAUAAGCUACUG